UAUCGGCUACAUGCUCGAAGGAGCACCACUGAGCUGGCGUCUCUUACGCUACGUCGACAAGUUCCGUCAGUCUAUUAACCAACCAUUCUCCGUUCUUCGUUUCGAAAACAAUAACAGGGCGAAGUUUAAAUUGGGGAGCCUCUCAGCACUGAGAGUCAAACCCACUGAGUGUCUUCGGUCUCGGCUGUUCUCGACCUGUUCUCGCUAACCUUGACUUCGUUUGCCCGCCGUUUAAGGCACAGCUCAUAGAAGUUACUUCUCCGGGAAAUGCUCUUGUCUCCGAUUUUGUCUCCAAUCAAGCCGACUGAAGCAAGAACGAGAUUUCAAUCUAUAGGUUGUGAGUUAAGUUCCAGAUAAAGUCGAUACCAGGAAGAUGGCUCCGGCAAUAUCGUACGUUCUUCUAGUACUGGGAGUUGCCCUUCUGCCUACAGUAAACGGGCAAUGUAUCAAUGUCACGCUUCCCAACAUUCUCAACUUGGGAGAGUGCCUCGGAACUACGCUGAGAGCCUGUCCCGACACGUCGGAGGGCUUGGUACCAGACCUAACCCGUGUCCUUGGGUGUGUGCUCCAGAUUCUGCCUCAGAUUGGAAGUCCCGUCUCCGUACUCUACAACGUCGUCGGCCUGCUCGAAGCAGUGCUAGCAAGGCUUGGCUUGUCUGGCGAUAUCGGUGGUCUUGCCGACAUUCUCUGUCGUCCCCUUGGAAUCCCGCUGUUCAACUGCGGCGCGUUCAGUCCUGGAAACAUCGCCUGCCAAGAACCUCUGCAGAUCAGCCUGCCCAGCGUGUUCAACGUGGGAGCGUGUCUGAACACGACCCUGUUGUUUUGCGAAGCCGGAUCUACAAUUUCUGACUCCAUUCUGAGGGAACUGCUGCAAGCAGUCGGCUGCAUUCUUAGCGUUGCUCCGGAAGGUCUUCAACUGGACCUCGUCUCGAGCCUGGUGUGCCCCCUGGUGGACAUCCUGAACUCUUCGCUAAACGAGUUCACCUCCUUGCUUCCUUUCCGGUUCCUGACGCGUGGAAUCACCAAUGCCGUCAGCUCGCUCACCAAUAACCUGCUCGGAGCCGUCGGCAACUGUAACAGAUAACUUUCGAGCACCAACUGAGCCUUACUUCAGCACGCCUGCCGAGCAGAGGACGAAAAUGGAGGCAAACAAUGGCGUCCUUUGAUGAUCCAGAGUGGAGCUGCUGACUGAUUAAAGUGAUCCGAGUCAGGAGCCCUCACCCCUGCCAUCAGCCAGCAGCCAUAAUGACCUGUUCGACAUAUGACUCAUGGACCAGCCUCAUGCCAACAAACAGCAAUCAAAUAAACAAAUAAACUAGCAAAACGCAUUCUGACGGAGCACAUGGGUGUUAAAAAGCAUACGUCAA